AUGGCAGGGCCCGAAGAAGCGGCAUACUCCCACGGCCACCACUCGAGCGUCGUGAGCAGCCAUGCACGGCGUACGGCCAAAGACAGCGCUGCUUUCUUGCUUCCGCAUCUACAAGCUCAUUUCACCAUCCUGGACAUCGGGUGCGGGCCCGGUACCAUCACGGCGGAUCUGGCUGAGCUCGUACCUGAAGGCAAGGUCACUGGUGUCGACUUUUCCGAGAGCGUCCUCGACCAGGCUCAUGCCCUGACGCAGGACCGCGGCAUCACCAACUGUGUCUUCGAGACUCUCGACGCAAACGGGCUGCCCUAUGCAGACGACAUGUUCGACGUUGUUUUCUGCCACCAGGUCCUGCAGCACGUAGGGGACCCCAUAGGUAUCCUGAAGGAGAUGCAGCGUGUGGCCAAACCCGGCGGCAUCGUAGCGGCGCGGGAGGCUGACUACAAGAGCUUCGCAUGGUACCCCGAACCCGAAGGCCUGGAGCAAUGGGGCGAGUUCUACCAGAAGACGGCUCGCGCGUGUGGAGGCGAGCCGAACGCUGGCCGCUACGUCCGCUCGUGGGCUCGCGGCGCCGGCUUCGUGGACGCUAACCUGCAGAGCAGCUGGUCUUCGUGGUUCUACAUUGGCGACUCGGCGCGGAACUGGGGCGAGAGCUGGACAGAUCGGGCGCUGAAAUCGGACUUCGCACGGAAUGUGUUGGAGCACAGUGUCGGCACGCAGCAGGACUUGGAGAACAUUAGUCGAGCCUGGAAGCAGUGGGCUACCGAGGAGGGUGCUUUUAUUGCUAUUCCCAGUGGUGAACUAUUGUACACUGUCCCCAAGCCUCCGACAUAA